UGGUUCAUUGCAUAUAUAAAAUUCAGAGUGGCGGGGGACAUGCCUCACAAUCAAAGUAGUCAGUGUGUGAAGUUAGUGACUGCUGACUAGUAAGUAGUAAAAGUUCUUGGGAGUUAGCGCAGAGCAACUAUGGAUGACAUGCAGAGUAACUGGGUUAAGCUUGAACAGAAAGGUACUGGGCCUGGAGCAAGGAGUUCACAUGCGAUAGCCAUAGUAGGAAGGAAGUUGUAUGCCUUUGGGGGUGAAUUCACUCCACGAGUCCCUGUUGACAACAAACUGUAUGUAUUUGAUCUUGAGAAGCAAUCAUGGUCUGUCAACGAGGCCACUGGAGAUUGCCCCCCACCACGUGUUGGUGUCACAAUGGCAGCCGUGAACGACAUCAUCUAUGUCUUUGGUGGUAGGGAUGCCGAACACAAGGAGCUCAAUGAGUUCUACUCCUUCGACACAACAACUAACAUAUGGGUUCUUCUUUCUAGUGGAGAAACUGGGCCAGCUCAUAGAAGCUUCCAUUCCACUGCAGUCGAUGAUCGCCACGUGUACAUCUUUGGUGGGUGCGGUUUCUCAGGCCGGCUAAACGACCUUUGGGCCUUUGAUACUGUUGAUCAGAAAUGGAUCCUGUUCCCACUUCCAGGUGAGAAUUGCAAAGGAAGAGGUGGGCCCGGACUUGCAGUUGUGCAAGAUAAAGUUUGGGUUGUGUAUGGAUUUGCAGGGAAUGAGGCUGAUGAUGUCCACUGCUUUGAUCUCAUCAAGAAAGACUGGGCCGAAAUUGAAACAACAGGUGACAAGCCCAGUGCCCGAAGUGUGUUUUCUACUACUGUUGUUGGCAAGUUCAUAUUCAUUCAUGGUGGGGAGAUUGACCCUAGUGAUCUGGGUCACCUUGGUGCUGGUAAAUUCUCAGGAGAAGCCUAUGCUUUGGACACACAAACAUUGGUGUGGAAGAAAGUGGAGGAUGGCUCAAACUCAGCUGAUCAUCCAGGCCCGCGGGGGUGGUGUGCUUUUGCAGGUGGAAAGAGAAAUGGCAAACCCGGUUUAUUGGUAUAUGGUGGUAAUUCACCUAGCAAUGAUCGACUCGAGGAUAUUUUCUUUUUCACCCCAUGUGUAACUAAUGAAUAAGGGGUGUAGUCAGGAUGUUCUCCUAUAUGUUUUACUUGUAUGCUGAAUAUCGAGUCCUGAAAUUAGUGUGUGCGGAUCAUUGGACAUGGAUUGAGCUUAGGCACCCAGUUGUUAAGCGCAUGACAUGGUCAGUUGCAUAUGUUUAGCGUGCACCAUGUGAAUAAGAAGUGAAGAAAUGUUUGUGUGGUAAGCAUCAUUUAUGUAUUCGCCUAAAACCUCUAACUCUUUGCAUAGAGGUACUUUGUAGUAUUUGUGAAUAUCUGCUUCUUCAAAUAAUAGAUGAGUUCUAGGGUAUUAAUCUGA